AUGGCUUCUCUGAGCCACUCUUGGCUUUCUUCUCCACUUGCCGAAACUUCAUUUUUCUUCUUCUCUCCAUCUCCACAACCAAAAUCCUUGACAGUCUCUGUUUUCCGAUUCAAAUCUCCGUCUCUGCCUAACUCCUCCUCGCCGGACCGAUCGUCGGAGGUUGAGCUCGCGGUGGAUCCAGUGAAGCUUGCUUUGAAGAAAGCCGAAGCGUACAAAAAAUCGAAAUCGGAGCAAAGAGACCGAGAGAAAAAUUCCGGCGACGAGGAAUCGUCGAAGCAAAGUUUUGUUAGAUCAUCAUCUAAGGUUGAUGAAGAUAAUGAUGGUAAGAAGAAAGGGUUGAAAGUCUCCAGCAUUGAUUUCGUUGGGCUUGGCUUUGCUGAUAAGAAGAGUACAAGGGGGCUUCCUCCCGGAUUGGUUCCUGUUGUCGACUAUUUUCCUGGUGGAGACUUACCUGAGGUAGAGUUUAUAGUUGGUGAUAAAACAAGAUUUGCAGAGAAAGAAAAGGAGCUCGAGCAAGAAGGAAAUGAAAACUCUGAUGUAUAUAAGCCCAAAGUUUCGACAUGGGGAGUUUUUCCAAGACCUAGCAACAUUUCUAAAACGUUUGGUGGUGGAAGGACUAUCCAACCUGGGGAUUCAGUUGAAACCGCUGAAGAGAGGAUUGCGAGAGAAGAACGGACAAAAAAAUUGCUCACUGCCUACAAGGAGUCAAUUGGACUGAAUAUUGAUCCCCAACUCAAACUUGAGUGUGAGAAGGCACUAGAGAAGGGUAACUCGCUUAUGGAUUCUGGGAAACUCAAAGAAGCUUUGCCGUACUAUGAAAAAGUUAUGGAGAAAAUAGUUUUUAAGAGUGAGCUUCAUGGAUUAGCGGCUUUGCAAUGGUCUAUUUGUCAGGAUUCACUUCGAAAGGAAGAUAAGGCAAGGGGCAUGUAUGAGAAGCUUCUAUCCCACCCUAAUCCGAAAGUGAGCAAGAAAGCGAGGCAGUUCAUGUUCAGUUUCCAGGCAAUGGAGAUGCUGAAGGUUCGGGGGUCGAGCUUCAUGCAGAUGAACAUGGGCUAUGAGAACUACUUUGAAGCCUUUGUCGAAAACGACAAAAUGAAUUACAAAGCAGAGGAGGAAGGAUACGCAACGGGAAUAUAUGAGACACUCCUUUAUGCCAUUCUUCUCGCGUCUCCGAUUCUACUGGUCUUCAUUGUGGCUGCACAGAGAGGGAAUUUACACUGA